GAGUUCUCCCUGUGGCCGCCAUUAAAGAAAGGAAUCCAUGAAUUCAAAUGGAAACCAGCAGGAACAGAGCCCGAAAUAAUGGUUAAAAUUACCGUAAAAAUAUAGGCAUAUGCCAAUUUUCGAUUGGUUUUUAAGGAUGUUAUUCGUUUUUAUAUCGAUUUUGAUGGUGAUGGAGGAGUAGAGGGACGUUUUUAGCAAAGACCGUUUUAAGCUAAGGGGGAGGGGGAUAGUUGAUUCUUUGCUCUCCUUUUUCUUUUUGUUUUAAGAGCAUUUUCGCUCCCUUUAAAUAUUUUACUUCAUGUGUAUUCGAAAAGUCGUUAGAGAGGUCGUGAAGACAAGACUUUAACUGGUUUUAUUUUUUGUGCGGACAAUAGCAUUUGCAGGGUUGUUGAAUUAGUUACAUUCUCCAGACGAUUGUUUAAAAAUAAUUAUCGUUGAUUAGCUUGUACAUCUUGCAAAUACAUUUUAAAAUCGGUCUGUAUUUUCCCCGGAACUGAAACGAUGGAAUGUUCGAUCUCGCUGUGAAAGGAUGAGUUCUUGUUUUGUACCAAACGGGGCCAGCUUGGAGGAUUGCCAUUCCAAUCUAUUCUGUCUGGCGGACCUGACGGGCAUCAAAUGGAAGCGCUUCGUGUGGCAGGGCCCCACCUCGGCGCCUAUUCUCUUCCCGGUGACCGAGGAGGAUCCCAUCCUGUGCAGUUUCAGCCGCUGCCUCAAGGCCGACGUGCUGAGUGUGUGGCGGCGGAGCCAGAGACCCGGGCGCAGGGAGAUAUGGCUCUACUGGUGGGGAGACGAUCCCAACUUCGCCGAGCUGAUUCAUCACGAGCUGACAGCUGAAGAGGAUGGCGUGUGGGAGAGUGGUCUGUCCUAUGAGUGCAGGACCUUGCUGUUCAAAGCCAUCCACAACCUGCUGGAGCGCUGUCUCAUGAACCGCAGCUUUGUCCGCAUUGGCCGGUGGUUUGUCAAGCCCUACGAGAAGGACGAGAAGCCCAUCAAUAAGAGUGAACACCUAUCAUGCUCGUUCACGUUCUUCCUCCAUGGGGAGAGUAACGUGUGCACCAGUGUGGAGAUCAACCAGCACCAGCCAGUCUACCACCUGAGUGACGAGCACCUCAGCCUGGCACAGCAGGCCUCCAGCCCCUUCCAAGUCAUCCUCAGCCCGUUUGGUCUCAAUGGGACUCUGACGGGUCAGUCAUUCAAGGUGUCCGACCCUCCAACCCAGAAGCUUAUUGAGGAAUGGAACCAGUUCUAUCCAAUUAGUCCCCCUUCUAAUGACAAAGACUGCUCGCCAUCUGAAGACAAAAUGGAGGACAUUGACUGGGAGGAUGACUCACUGGCCGCUGUGGAGGUCCUUGUCGGUGGUGUAAGGAUGGUAUACCCAGCAUGCCUUGUGCUGGUGCCCCAGUCUGACAUCCCUGCCACGGCUCCUCAGGGGUCCUCCCACUGUACUGCCGUCUACUCGGGUGGCUACCAAGUGCCUGCCUCCCAACGAGAGCCUGCCAUCUCCUCUGUCACCCUCACACCUCCUACUUCACCCGAGGAGACCCACACAGUAGACUCCCAGUCAGCUCAGAAGUGGGUGAAGAUGUCACCAGCAGUGGACGACUUCUGUGCGGACAGCACUAGUAACCAUGGGGGCAAGGUCCCACUCCGGCUAGCCAGCCAAGUGGUGGAGAGAGUCUGGCAGGAGUGCAAUAUCAACAGAGCACAGAACAAGCGUAAAUUCUCAGCGACAGCCAACGGUUCCCUUGACGAGGAGUUGAUGGAGAAAGUAGGAGCCUGGGACUUUGUAGAGUCAACACAGAGAUCCCACUGCAACUGCUCCAGGCAUAAAGCCGUGAAGCAGCGCGGUGGUGGCAUGGCCGGCCAGCUGCAGUCAGCGGGUCAGCCAGCCCACAGCCAGCCCCCCACCAAGCACAAGACGGGGGGCGACAAGCCCGAGAAGGCCGACAAGCAGACCAAGAGGCCACAGACGCCCUUUCACCACCGCAGCCCUACCUGUGACCAUGUAACCAUGGAGACCGAGGCGGCGGCGGCGGCUGGCCAGCGGCUAGCCAUGAGGGCCCAGCAGGAGGGGGGGCAGUUUCAGGGCCUCCGCCAUGCCGACGGCGUCACCAAGCCCACCCAGCUGCACACCGCGGGCUCCUCGGAGACGAUGGGCUCCCCGCAGCCUCCUCCUCUCAGCCCCCACCCCUGUGAACGAGACCGGGGAGAGGAGACCGGCGACGGCUCCAUCAAGAACCCCUCCACCCCGCACAGCCAACACUUCUACCAGCCCCCCUCGGAGCCUUGCCCGCCAGGUCAGAAGGGUGGCGAGGGGGACCCCCGGGGCCUGGACGCCCUGACCCAGCACUUCCACAACCCCCACUCAGCCUACCCUCCCGAGCCCCUGGAGCCCACGGUGUAUGUGGGCUCCGCCAUCAGCCUGGAGGAGGACAGUUCCCCGGCACCAUGGAGGUUCUUCAACCUGCCCAGGAGGAAAGAGGUCGAGAUGCCCACACUUUUGCUUCCCGGGGAUAAGCUGAGGGAGAGGGAUGAGGCCUCGGGAGGACAGGAAGUGGUGUCUGUCACGGAGUUGAUGGCAACAUGUAAAAGGCCUUUGAAGGUGUCAGAGGAGCGCGUCCAGAUGUACGUCCAGCGAAAGAAUCAGUACUUGUCAGCCGCCAUCACCGACGACGACCACGAGCCUGAGGAGGACCCCUACGCCUUUGAGGACGGUGACGUCAAGUUCUCUUUCUCCGACAAGAAGGACAGGACGGGCUGCGAGCGCCAGCCUGGGAAGAAACACAAGGGGGAUGAUGGAUUAACAGGCCAAUCAGAUGAAGCAGCGCGGGCAGCCGCACACGCACGCACCGCCUCCACCAGCUUGAUCCACGAGACCGACUUGGCCGUGUCCAUCAACGACCUGGACAACCUUUUCAACUCAGACGAGGACGAACUCACGCCUGGUUCCAGGCGAGCCCUGAAUGGAGCCGAUGAUAUCUUUGGCAACAAGGAACCAAAGCCAGCAACUCUGGACCCAGUCUCCUGCAUCAGCUCCGCGGACCUGCACCAGAUGUUCCCCACUCCCCCCAGCCUAGAGCAGCACAUCAUGGGCUACUCCCCCAUGAACACGGGCAGCAAGGAGUACGGCGGCAUGGAGUCUGGACAUGGCAUGACCAGCCUGGACGGGACCCUUGGCGGACACUUCAAGAUGGAGGUGGAAGAGAGCUUCUGCAGCCCCAAACCACAGGAAAUCAAGGACUUCUCAUUUGUCUACAAGCCGGAGCUGUGCCAGGCCUUCGUGGGCUGCUCCAUGUUUGCCCCACUCAAAACCCUGCCCAGCCAGUGUCUUCCCCCCGUUAAGCUGCCCGAGGAGUGCCUCUACAGGCCCGGCUGGACCACCGUGGGCAAACUGGAGAUCCUCAACCACCCUCACGUGCCAGCCAUGGCUUACCUCAACAAAGACAGUAACGUCCCCAGUGUGGGCAGUGCCAUGGACCAGGACUACAGCCAGAGCUACACCCCCCAGACCCAUACGCCCUUCCUGUCCACCAGUGCCCCUCCCAGCAACGGGGGCAUGGGCAUCCUACCCUCCCCAGCCACCCCGCGCUUCUCAGCCCCCACCCCACGCACGCCCCGCACCCCACGCACGCCCCGAGGACCCGCCAGCGUCCAGGGAUCGCUCAAGUACGAGAACUCGGACCUCUACUCCCCCGCCUCCACCCCUUCCACCUGCCGGCCACUCAAUUCGGUGGAACCCGCCACGGUGCCCUCCGUCCCCGAGGCGCACAGCCUGUACGUCACCCUCAUCCUGUCGGAGUCCGUCAUGAACCUCUUCAAGGACUGCAACUUCGACAGCUGCUGCAUCUGCGUGUGUAACAUGAACAUCAAGGGCGCCGACGUGGGGGUGUACCUGAGUGACCCCACGGGGGAGGCCCAGUAUCCCUGCACCUGCGGUUUCAGCGCCGUGGUCAACCGCCGCUACGGCAACGGCUCCGGCCUCUUCCUGGAGGACGAGCUGGACAUCAUCGGACGCGGCUCGGACGUCAGCCGGGAGGCGGAGAAGCGGUUCGAGGUGCUGCGGCAACACUCCCUGGAGAGGACGGGGGAAGGAGGACAGGGGAGGGGGGAGCGGGUUCCCGAUGAGCUGAUUUUACUGCUCCAGGACCAGUGCACUAAUCCCUUCUCGCCCAUGGCGGGGGUGGAGCCCGACAGCCUGGCAGCGCGGGGGGCGGGGGCUUGUCCGGUCCCAGCCUGCGUGAGGGUGGAGGAGAGGGACUACCACAGCGACUGCUACAUGGCCCUGGAGCACGGCCGCCAGUUCAUGGACAACAUGUCAGGAGGCAAGGUGGACGAGGCUCUGGUCAAGAACACUUGUCUACACCACUGGUCCAAACAUAAUGCGGUGGACGUCAGUACUCUGUGCUCUCAGGAUGUGUUGCGGGUGCUGCUGUCCCUCCAGCCUGUACUCCAGGAUGCCAUCCAGAAGAAGAGAACCGUGCGCUCCUGGGGCGUUCAGGGGCCCCUCACCUGGCAGCAGUUCCACAAGAUGGCUGGACGGGGCUCCUACGGCACAGAUGAGUCCCCAGAGCCCCUGCCCAUCCCGACCUUCCUGGUGGGCUAUGAGUAUGACUUUGUGGUGCUCUCGCCCUUCGGCCUGCCGUACUGGGAGAAGCUGCUGCUGGACCCGUUUGGCUCUCACAGGGACGUGGGCUAUCUGGUGGUCUGUCCCGACAAUGAAGCCCUGCUCCAGGGGGCCAAGAGCUUUUUUAGGGACCUCACCGCUGUCUACGAAUCGUGUCGUCUUGGCCAACACCGGCCCAUCUCUAAAUGCCACCCGGAUGGCAUCGUGAGAGUGGGUGGAGCCGCCGCCAAGAAACUUUCGGAGCAGCCUGUCAGCGACUGGUUCCUCAAGGCUGCCAGCGGCAACAGUGACGCUUUCGCCAAACUUAAGCUCUACGCACAAGUCUGCCGCCACGACCUCGCUCCAUACCUCGCAGCGCAGCCUUUGGACAGCUCCCUCCUCACACAGCCCAUGGCCCCUCCUGCCUCGAGCCAGUCUUCAUCAGCCCAGUCCACCGGCUCGUCAUCCGCCACCUCGGCUGGACCCCAAAUCUCAGCCGCCCCGGGAGGCCCGUCCCUCCCUAAUAACAGCUGCAGCAGCGCACCUAGCAACAACACGGGUUUAGCCAACAGUGCCAACAACACGGCGUCAUCGGGGAGCCAGACUAGCAGUGGGAUGCAGUCCACCAAGCCCGGCUCCUUUCCACCCUUUGGGGCCAUGGGUGUGCAGAACCAGGGCCAGGGUGGUGCUUCCCAAGGAGGGCAGUUGGGCCAGCAGGCUGGAGCCCAGAACACAGGUCUCCCCGGAGGGGAAUCGGACAGCCAGGCCCAGAUACCCACCGAACCCCUAGAGAGCACCAUGGAGAGAGAGAAGGUGGGUGUGCCGACGGACGGAGAGUCUCAUGCCCUCACAUACCCCCCAGCCAUCAUAGUGUACAUGGUGGACCCUUUCACCUAUGAGGAGCCUGAGGCAGGGUCUAAUGUCUGGACCCUUGGUCUGCUGCGCUGCUACCUGGAGAUGCUCCAGUUCCUCCCUCCACACAUCCGCAACUCUGUCUCUGUACAGAUAAUCCCGUGCCAGUACCUGCUCCAGCCAGUCAGGAGCGAGGAGCGCCAUAUCUAUGCUCAACAUCUCAAGUCCCUGGCCUUCUCAGUGUUUUCCCAGUGCAGACGGCCCCUCCCUGGAUCCACCAAUGUCAAGUCACUGACUGGCUUCGGGCCUGGACUGGCCAUCGACACCGCACUGAAGAGCCCGGAGAGACCAGAUUGUUUGCGGCUCUAUACCCCUCCCUUUAUUUUGGCACCCACUAAGGACAAGCAGACAGAGCUGGGGGAGACGUUUGGAGAGGCCUCUCAGAAGUACAACGUGCUGUUUGUGGGCUACUGCCUAUCCCACGACCAGCGCUGGCUCCUGGCCACCUGCACCGAUCUGUAUGGAGAGCUGUUAGAGACCUGCAUCAUCAGCAUCGACGUGCCCAACAGAGCGCGUAGGAAAAAAGGCUCUGCCCGUAGGUUGGGCCUACAGAAGCUGUGGGAUUGGUGCUUGGGUCUGGUGCAGAUGACGUCAGUGCCAUGGAGGGUGGUUAUUGGUCGACUGGGCAGAAUGGGACAUGGCGAGUUGAGAGACUGGAGUAUUUUGCUGAGCAGGAGGAACCUACAGUCUCUCAGUCGCCGUCUCAAGGAGAUGUGUCGCAUGUGUGGCAUCUCCGCCUCAGACACUCCCAGCAUCCUUAGCGCCUGCCUGGUUGCAAUGGAGCCUCAGGGCUCCUUUGUCAUCAUGCCAGACUCAGUGUCGACAGGCUCAGUGUUUGGCCGCAGCACCACUCUAAACAUGCAGACGUCCCAGCUGAGCACACCUCAGGACACCUCGUGUACCCACAUCCUAGUGUUCCCCACCUCAGCGUUUGUCCAGGUGGCCAGCUCCAAUUACACUACUGACACCAACAUAGACAUCGCCUUCAACCCUAUUCCCGAUGGGUCAGACGCCAUCGGGAUCUUUGACCUGCUGGACCAGGAGAAUGACCUGGUGGACCCUGACAUUAUCAGCAUCCUGCCGGCCUCGCCCACCACCUCGCCUGUCCACUCCCCUGGGGGCCACUACCAUCAGGGGGGAGAUGGUAGCAAGGGCCAGAGUACAGACCGUAUGGAGUCCCAUGAUGAGGCUCCUAACAUCCUGCAGCAGCCCCUGGCCCUGGGCUACUUUGUGUCCACCGCCAAAGCUGGCCCACUGCCUGACUGGUUCUGGUCAGCCUGCCCUCAAGCUCAGAACCAGUGUCCUCUUUUCCUCAAGGCCUCUUUGCACCUCCACGUGUCUUCAGUGCAAUCAGAUGAUCAACUGUUGCACAGCAAACACUCCCACCCCCUUGACUCCAAUCAGACCUCAGAUGUGCUCAGAUUUGUGCUGGAGCAGUACAACGCCCUCUCCUGGCUGACGUGUGACCCUGCAACGCAGGACCGGCGCUCCUGUCUGCCCAUCCACUUUGUGGUGCUCAACCAGAUGUACAAUUUCAUUAUGAACAUGUUAUAACAAAUGGCCUGAAAGGGGUGGUGAGAGGGAAAAGAGGACGGGGCACUCCGAAGGAAAUUCCAACCCGACAGGCUGAUUCUGGACUGAGGUGCUGGACUUCAUUACGCGUUGUGUGGAUCUGGAUCUGACUUGGAGGAAAUCACGGAGGGCUGCCGGAUGGGGCUCAGACGUAGCGACGGCCCAAAGAAUCAAGUGAUGGAAACGGCUCAGUUUGCUCCUGCCACUCACACAAAUGAGAAGCUCAAGGAGGACAAAGUGAGAGGUUUCUGGAACAUUGAUUGGUAAUAACCGGAACUAGAAAAAGAGAGAUCCAGAGUUGCCAUGGUAUUUUAUGUGGAAAUCCCGUGGUAACUCUGGCAGCAUGGUAAUUGGCCAGUCCAUGUGGGAAAUGUCUGUAAUGUUUUGGAAGAAAGGGACAUCUCAGUGAUUGCAAACUCGAGAAUGGAUCCUUUGUUUUAAGACCCAAAAAACGCCCUUUUUUUGGGGGGAUACAAUUUUAUCUAAAUGAAAUGCCUGCAUCCAUCUUAUUUAUUGUCAGUUUUUAAAUGAAUGAUUUGUCUUAUUUCUUAACCUUUUAUAUAUUAAAAAAUCUUGAAGGUUUAUAUCGCCUUCCUGCUUUCAAGCAACUUGUCUAAGAUAUGUAAUUGUCUUAAUUAAAAAACAGAAAACCCAGAAAAAGGAUAUUAAGUUGCAUUAGGUUGCUUUUAGAGUAUUAUUUUUUGUAUUGGGGACAGAGUAUUUGUAUUGUCACGAUGUACAGAAGUAGAAAGGAUAAUUAUGUCCAUGCCUUUGUGAGUGCAGGAUUUACAGCUAAGCUGUAGCAGCAGAGGACUUGUACAGCAAUGAAGUUCACUGUGUUUAAAUAAAGAGGUACAUUGUCGUAUAUAGUAUUUUAUACCACACAUUUAGACACAAAAACCAAACGGCAAUAUAUAUAUAUAUACAUAUAUAUAUAUAUAUAUAUAUAUAUAAUAAUAUGAAUGCCGUGCCAGCGUUGGGUGGUACGGCUUCUGUUUUAGGAAUAAAGUGCGUCAACUCAA